AUGAGUCGACGACGGGCUGUAUCAGAUGCGCUCAACAAGCCAGAUACUGUGCUACAACAAUGCCGCAUGGACUACGUCGACAGCAACAAAUAUACCGCACAAAUAAUCGGUACAAACAGCAGAUCAUACCAGCGCAAAUUUAACGGUGGGAAGUUCUGCUGGACAGGAAGCGCAUCCAACUGGCAGACCCUCAGCAGCAUCGACGCGAACAUAAUCGACAGGGUCGCUGCAUCACCUCAGCUUUACUGGCGCCGAAAAGACGGUUCAGCAGCGCGUCUGUCUGGCUCAAGCUUGGUAUCAAUCAACCAGCCUUGUACUCCCGGCUCCCGCCGAAUAGCCGUUACAGAUGACAGGACACUCUGGGACAGGCUCGCAAAUGGAUACCUCGUGCGAUCAACAUGA